CAGGGCAACCCCCCUCCCCAGCGCGCGCGCGCGCGAGAGAGAGACACAGACAAGGCGGGGGCAUUCUCGCGCUCUGCUGGGCUCCUCCAGCCCCGGGAUUCCCGGCGUGCUCCCACUCCCUGGGGCGUGAGGGGAGGGCCAUGUGCGUUUGUUUGGGGGCCUUGCUGCCGCCACCGGCCUGCCUGAGGGAGAGACGGAAGCGCCCCGAGCAGACGCGCGGUUGGCUUAGUUGCGGUCACACGACACGUCCUACUCCCUGCUCCUCUCGCUCGCUCACUCCCAGGGGCUGCCCUUCUCUCCAGGCCCGCCUCUCCCCCAGCUCCUGCUGCCUGGCGUCCCGAGUGCCCUCCUGCCUGGCUGCUCGUCUUCAACCGCCACCGCCUCCUCAGUCCCUGGCUCUCCUUUCCCCCACCCACCGACUGGGCCACCCCCCCCACCCGCCUCUCCUUCCUCUAACCCGGCCCCCUUCUUCUGCAAUACUUCCACCACCUCUCUCUCCUCCUUCUCCACCCCCAAGUUCGCUCCUAUUUUGGUUUGCCUAUAUGCGUGCGUGAACCGCGUGUUUUAAAUUUAUUAUAUAUUUAUUGGGCUUUAAUUUCCUGCCAGGCGGGCUCCUGUCGUCUCUCUCCCUUUCUCCUCUUGUUUGCAAACGGCGGUGCUAGGGCCGAACUAGCAAGAGCAGCAGCAGCAAGCAAUUGGCAAAAUCCUUGCAGUUUUUGGAAGCGGGAAGGACUCUAUCCUGUUUAAGCGAUCUUGUAAGAUAACGCAGUCUAUUGCGGGGGUGGGGGACCAGGAAAAGAGGAGGGGAAAAGAAAGUAGGAGGAGAAGAGAAGGGAGGGAGUUAGGCUGUUGUUAUUUUGGAUUCCAAGAGCAGGGCGGGGGGGCGGAAAGACAUCACCACAGACACACACACCAAAAAAAAAAAGAAAAGAAAAGAAAAGAAAAAAAAAGCCCCAACAAAAAACCCAAACCCAAAGCACGGAAGGACAACCCCAGAAAAGGACUCACUUUGCCUGAUGACUCAACGCAACUAAUAAUCAUUUGUCUCCUCUCUGGCGAAUCCCUCGUGUUGCUGCUGCUGCUCUGCUGUCUGGCAGAGGGAGAGAUUGAAAGUGACACAUCGGGCGCUGUUCGUCUGCGAUCAGAGCACCGGCUUCCGCUGCUGCCGCUUUUCCCGCUUGCCCGGGAUAGCGGCCCCCUUUAGAGGCAGCUUCUCCACCCCUUUUCUUUCCCCCUCCCCCCCUUUGAUUUACCCUCCCCCCCACCUUCCUUUCUUUUUGCUGGAGGUGUGAGAAAUCAUAUUCUGCCCUCCUCUUUUCUCCUCGAUCUUGGCAGCCUCACCUUUCUUCCAUUCACCAUCUCGGAUGCCCUUUUGGGGCGAGCUCCGCAAACUUAUCAACCCGUCCCCGGCGCAAGAAGACCGUCCACUUUGACCAAGGAGUGGUAAAAGCCGUCGGGACUUGAGGAAACGGGAGAAAGCGGUGGGCUGCGGGAGCCGGAAUAGAUAAGGAAGAAAAUAAGCACCACAAAGAGGAACUAAGAAAACUUUCCACCCUGGAUUCUCUACUUUUGAUCCAUGGACAGAGCCCCACUCAGCCAAGUUACGGACAGACUAUAAGCAGUCCUUGCUCCUUUUAUUGCGAUCUGCCUGUGGGAACGCUGUCUCCAACUCAAAGUAGUAUGGACCGGAGAAGUGAGAGUCCCUGUCUAAGGGAUAGUCCAGAAAGAGGGAGCGGCAGUCCCGAUGUCAAAGGUCCUCCUCCGGUGAAGGUGGCCAGACUUGAACAGAAUGGCAGCCCUAUGGGAGCCAGAGGGAGGCCCAAUGGCUCUGUCACCAAAUCAAUGGGAGGUUUGAUGAUCCCUGUCUUUUGUGUGGUGGAGCAGCUGGACACUUCUCUUGAAUAUGAUAAUCGAGAAGAACAUGCAGAGUUUGUUCUGGUUCGCAAAGAUGUGCUUUUUAGUCAGCUUGUGGAGACUGCACUCCUGGCUCUCGGAUAUUCUCACAGCUCUGCAGCUCAGGCUCAAGGUAUAAUCAAACUCGGAAGGUGGAAUCCUCUUCCGCUCAGUUAUGUGACAGAUGCACCUGAUGCAACAGUAGCUGAUAUGUUACAAGAUGUCUAUCAUGUUGUGACACUGAAAAUUCAAUUACAAAGUUGUUCAAAGCUGGAAGACUUGCCAGCAGAGCAGUGGAACCAUGCCACAGUCCGCAAUGCCUUAAAGGAGUUGCUCAAAGAAAUGAAUCAGAGCACAUUAGCCAAAGAAUGUCCUCUCUCCCAGAGUAUGAUAUCAUCUAUUGUAAAUAGCACAUACUAUGCCAAUGUGUCAGCAACCAAGUGCCAGGAGUUUGGGAGAUGGUAUAAAAAGUACAAGAAGAUUAAAGUGGAAAGAGUUGACAGAGACAGCCUGUCAGAAUAUUGUGUAUUGGGUCAACGUCCCAUGCACUUACCAAAUAUCAACCAACUGGCAACCUUGGGCAAGACAAAUGAACAGUCUCCUCAUGGCCAAAUUCACCAUAGUACUCCAGUCAGAAACCAAGUGCCAACAUUGCAGCCAAUCAUGAGUCCUGGUCUUCUUUCACCUCAACUCAGUCCACAGCUUGUGAGACAGCAAAUAGCAAUGGCCCACCUGAUAAAUCAGCAGAUUGCAGUAAGUCGACUACUGGCUCAUCAACACCCACAAGCUAUUAACCAACAGUUUCUAAAUCAUCCACCCAUCCCUAGAACCGUCAAACCAGAACCAACGAACUCAUCAGUGGAGGUCUCUCCUGAUAUCUACCAGCAGGUCAGGGAUGAGUUGAAGAGAGCCAGUGUAUCUCAAGCUGUUUUUGCAAGAGUGGCUUUCAAUCGGACACAGGGAUUGCUAUCAGAGAUCCUGCGUAAAGAAGAAGACCCUAGAACAGCCUCCCAGUCCCUCCUGGUAAACCUGAGGGCAAUGCAGAAUUUCCUCAACCUGCCUGAGACAGAACGAGAUCGUAUAUAUCAGGAUGAGAGAGAGAGGAGUAUGAACCCCAAUGUGAGCAUGGUGUCUUCAGCUGCCAGCAGUCCAAGUUCCUCCAGAACCCCCCAGGCCAAAACCUCGACACCGACAACAGACCUCCCCAUUAAGGUGGACGGAGCCAACAUCAACAUCACAGCUGCCAUUUAUGACGAGAUCCAACAGGAGAUGAAAAGGGCCAAGGUGUCUCAGGCUCUGUUUGCAAAAGUGGCUGCCAACAAAAGUCAGGGUUGGCUGUGUGAGCUGCUUCGCUGGAAAGAAAAUCCAAGUCCAGAAAACCGUACACUCUGGGAAAAUCUGUGCACCAUUCGGCGCUUCCUUAAUCUUCCUCAGCAUGAGAGGGAUGUGAUCUAUGAAGAGGAAUCCAGGCAUCAUCACAGUGAACGUAUGCAGCAUGUUGUCCAGCUUACCCCUGAGCCUGUGCAGGUUCUUCAUAGACAGCAAUCCCUGCCUGCAAAGGAGAAUUCACCUCCACGAGAAGAGGCCCCACCCCCACCUGCAGAGGAUGCAUGUACCAAAAAGACAAGAUCCCGUACUAAGAUUUCUUUGGAGGCUCUGGGAAUCCUUCAAAGUUUCAUUCACGAUGUUGGCCUCUAUCCAGACCAAGAGGCUAUCCACACUUUAUCUGCUCAGUUGGAUCUGCCUAAACACACCAUCAUCAAAUUCUUCCAGAACCAGCGAUAUCAUGUAAAGCAUCAUGGGAAGCUAAAAGAGCACUUGGGUACCGUGGUAGAUGUGGCAGAAUACAAAGAUGAAGAGCUGCUAACUGAGUCAGAGGAGAAUGACAGUGAGGAGGGCUCUGAGGAAAUGUACAAAGUGGAAACUGAAGAAGAGAAUCCUGACAAAAACAAGGCAACUGCUUCAGAAACUGACCAGAGAUAAUGUGAAACCAUCACAGGCAAAGCAAUAGAUUGAUCCAAGAUUUUUUUUUUGCUUCAUUUUUUAAAAAUUAUGUGUUCCCACCCCCACCCCAGUGCACAUAAUGUGCAAAUUGAACGAUUAUUUUGCAUAGCCCAAUCAGACAUUCCCUUGUAACAGGCACUUGAGUGUUACACUUUUUAUGUUUGACUGAGACAAUGUUAAUUGUAAUUCAUGUAGGAUUACAUCAUCGUUAACCUUGCACUUAUGAAAGGAACCUCUAGCAAGUUACAGGAAGAAAUAGACCUAUGAAAUCAAUGAAGGAAAUGAUAACAGCGUGUGUGUGUGUAUAUAUAUAUAUAUAUAUUAUAUAUAUAUUUACAUCAAAAUAUAUAUAUAUAUGAAAUUUGCAUGGGACAUAACUUUACAAUCUGAAAGUAUAGACUGUGAAAUGAGCUCGUUGAAGAUGAGUCUUGUUUGUGUAUUAAAAUACCACUUCACAAUGAGUUGCUUUGGCUUUUAGAUAAACUGCUGCCUGCUCUCAGGGUGUGGUUACUAUUUUGGAAUACCUAUUUAUUUUCUGUGUUUAUCCCUGAUUUUUUUAAUUACAGCUUCCACUUUGGCAGCUUGAUGGGUAAUUUUUGAGGUAUGCAUUUGAAAACCUAGAUCAACACUGCCAAAAAAAAAAAAAAAAGUCCAUGGGGGCGGGGAGAGAAAGAGGGAGACAGAGAAAACGGGGUGGGGUGGGUGGGAUCAGGGCACCUUAAAAAUAAAAUCCCAAACCAAGUAAGUUUUAAAAACUUUAGUACACAAUGCACAUUUAAAGUCACCCAGCAUGUUUGGUUCUUUUCUGUAGAGAACAGAUGGAUUUUCGUGGACUUCUCAGUGAAAAAUUCAGUGCACAGAAGACUUAUCCACUAAUGAGGUCUUCAUAACAAGUUGCUUUUAUGAGAUUUAAUGUGUGGAAUUUCACAAUUUAAGGUGGUUUUUUGUUGUUGUUUUUUAAGGAGCAAGCCAUCUACACUGCUGUUGUGCAACUUCCAUUACUUUCAGUGGGGCUUGUGCAACUGUAGUUCUUGUUCCUCUGCUCCCAUCAUAUUUGAUAUCAGCGUUUAGGGUAAUUUCGCAUUUUAUAUGUUGGAGUUGCUUUUCAAUAAACCUUUAAAAAUGCAGUCAUCAAACUAGAACACUGCAAUCAAUGUGGGGAAAGUUUGGUUCUGAAUCAGUUAAAAGGUGUGGUGUUUUGCUGAAUUUCCUUCUGUAUUUCGUUUUUUCCUGCAACAUUUGGAUUCUUAUGCUUAAGGAUCUCUGUAAGACUAAACAUUUUCAGCCAACAGUCUCCCAAGAUACAGUCCUCAUGUGGUUCAUGGUAGACUUAGUGGGAACACAUUUUCUAAACUUGCUGCAGUUCUAGGCAGUAAGAGUAAGCCGAGCAAUUUCUAUGUAUUCACUUCCCUGUCAUAAACCUUUUCCCAGUGACUUAGUGUAGCAAUUCCGUUACAUAAAGCAGAACUAAUAUGGACUGACUCUUCAACAGUACAAGCAUUAAAGCUGCAAUCUACUAUAGUUUCCAAGAAGUUUUUGAAGCCAUGGUUUGGAAGUGACACCACUAGUGUUGCUGUUGCACCUCUACAUAAUGAUGUUUGUGUGUGUGUGUGUUUUUAAAGGAUAUUUUGACUUCCUUCCUAAUGUGUCUGGAUUGCGUUUUUGACUUUAAAUUCAUUGGCAGACUUCCUUUUGACAUGUGCUUUGUAACUUUUAACAAAGACCUCAUGCAAUUUCACUUGGAAAGCUAUGUUAUGUUUCUUGCACAGGCGUUGUAAUAUAACUGUUAAUACUAUUUAUAUAUUUGAAAGGUAUAAAAGGCAGGCAUUAAAAUAAACCUCUUUUGUUUUAAAAGAAUAUAACAACAUACAGGGAGAAGACAUGUUGCAAUACAAGCUAAUUUUAGCUGCUCAGUAACCUCUGGCAUUUUAAAAAGGGAAUUUUCCAGAAUCAGUAUUUGACACCCACAGAGUAUCUGUAUCCAUUUCACAUACCCUUGAAAAACAAUGUUGGCUUGCUUACUUAAAUUCUUCAUCAUUUCCUUCUGUAGUAUGCUGCAGCUUUAAUCAUAAAGUCAAUAGGCGCUGCUUUAUGUGUUCUAAGUUACUCUUUCCAAACUGUUAUCUGAAACUCUUGCUGAAAUCACUACAUAUAUGUAAUAUUGGUCAAGCUCUCAUAAAGUUAUUCAUCUCUUUGACGGCAUCAGCAUUGGGUUGGUUUUUUUUUAAACACUUCAACCAAAAUGUUUAGUAGGUAUUUUUUUCAAUGCUGAGUCUUGCCUUUUAUAUUUUUAUUUUUAAUUCCACCGCCAAUUUUGCAGUGGUUCUUCUAAGUGAAUCUGUGGGCAUUUUUGCCUGUGGUCUUGCCAGAACUUUGCGAAUUACAAUGCAUAUAUGUCUAUUUAUUCAAUAUUCAUCAUAUAAUAUCUAUUUGGAAAAAGAAUCUUUUCUUGUAGUGCCUCUUAACAAAGCACAAUUUUCCGCCUUUUUGUGAAAUAAGAGAAAACUUUAAAAAAAAUUGUGUUAUUGCAGUAUCAACAAUGUGAAUGAGGAUUAACAUAUUGUAAAUGUUCUUUUUCCAUGUAAAUCAACUUGAUCUUUGUUAUCACUAAGUGAUAAUUAAAUUUUAACUUAUGUGCAUUGUUAGUCUGUUAGAAUUUUUUGGUUGUUGAAAUAAAACACAUUCAGUAAAUGA